AUGCAAGAAUCUUUAGUUGAUGAGAUGAAUAUUCGUCGACGUCAUGAUGAGAAAAAUAUGAAAACCACAUCAUCACAAUCAUCAAAUAAUUUAAAUUUACAAUUGAAAGAGUUUAAAAUAACGGAACAAACUAAUUCCAAUAGUCCAGAUAAUGAUAAGCAUAAAUUUGUACAUGAUGUUGUCUGGUGUGAUUUAGCUGAGCAAUUUCGAUUGAAUUUAAUCACACAGUUAGAUGAACAUCUAAAAGUAUCAUUGAAUGAUCUAGUAAGUACAGCAAUUUCAAGAGAUAGUUAUCUACAAAAUACACAAGCACUUAAUGACUGGAUGACUGAUAAGCAUAAAACAGAGUGUAAAUCUCUAACCUCCCACAGUCUACCAACGAAACAUUAUCGCACUCGUGACUCUGUACUGACUACACUGUUUCAAAUCUCUCAUAUACGCACUGUUUAUAAUAUAUUUGUUGCUGUGACAAUAAUCUUCUCAGCGAAUACAGUGAUACAAGAUUUUAUUGAUCCUAAGAUUAAUCUAUAUGCCUACGAUAUGGACAUAUUGCGAUUCACAUUUGGUAAUUUAGAUGAUGUAUUCCGUAUAUGGCUUUCAAUGAAGAUGUCCACUAUUUUUAUACCAUUUUGGGGUGUUCUGUUGUGGAUGGCUUAUAGACCAAAGGUUGGCAAGAAAAUCUGUCCAACGGAUUGGAUUUUCUUUAUUGCGUAUAUUAUUUAUCAGGUGGUGUUUUUUAUGACGUCAUUUCGCUUUACAAUAAUUUGUGACUUGCCACCGGCUAGUACAGCAAUCGUCACAGGUGAACAAGUUCGAUUAGUUAUGAAAUCACAUGCAUUCGUACGCUAUGCAAUUGGUAGAAUAUUUGAAGAAGGUCAAGAUCAAUCAACACCACCAUCACCAACGACCACUGUAACAGCAGGAAUCAAUAAUCAUCAUCAUGUAAACCAAUCAAAUUCAUGUGUUAUAGAAAUGGAGGAAUUUCCUAAUUUCUCACGUUAUCUUAUUUUUUGCUAG